UACACAUUGGGAUCUAGCGUGACGCCGGCGUGACGCGGGUGUGUCCUCGAACACCAUCAGGAUUCCUCCCUAGUCAGGAUCCUGCGACUGGCGGUUGAUACCACAUGUGCCCGCUGCUACCCGUGCUCGCGACGCUCGCCAGCGUGGACCCGACUGACCACACAUCGUGGCCGCAGCUCGACGUGUGCUCUGACCAAUCGCAGGGCAGCCUGUUCUAUGCGCUGCGGCACAUCGGCCUGCAGGGUCGCGCGCAGGCCGUGGUUGGGCCGAUGCAGGACGACGAGGCUCUGCUGCUGUUUGCGCUCACCCGUGCCGCCGGGGUCAAUCGCGCGCUCGAGCUGGGAGGGCUCGGAGGCUUCUCCGCGAGGACACUGCUCGAGGCGGUGCAGUGCACGCGACAGCCGGCCGUCUACACGGUGGACCUGGCGCCGGUGCCGGUGCUCGGCCGCCACCACAGGGUGCUGCAGAAGGGAGCCGAGCAGGUGACGGCGGCAGACUUGGGCGGCGAGCCGUUUGGCCUGUUGGUGCUCGACUGCCACCACUACCCGGCGACAAAGCAGCUUCUCAAGAAUGCUCCCGCCACCGUCUCUGGACUCUACUUGGCGGCCGCCACGCCGACCAUGCGCGACAUUACAACGCCGUGUGUGGCCCGAUGUGGCCACCGGAGGCACCCCGCGGGCGGCGCAAACUCGAGCGGGGUGAUCCACCAGCCGGUGGAGAGGCUGAUCGCCAUGUGGCUCGAGCGGUACGACUGCGCCGCCUCGUGGCAGAGGCUGGUCGUGCACGACGACGACGGCCACGGCGCCACCCCAACCAGGCACGGCGUGACCGUGCUGCAGCGCAAGGUCUCCCUGGCGGUGCCGCAGCGCGUGUGCCAGCAGGGCGCGCACGGCUUCGGGGGCACGGGGCCCGAGUCGGUGCGCGAGUGCCUGCGGGUGCAGACUCGGCACCAGCACUCCAUGCUCCGAGUCGGCGACCCGGCGCCCGAUUUCUCCGCCACCUCGCACACGGGUGCCACGGUCUCGCUCAGCGACUACAGAGAGGGGCGGGCGUUCGAGAGCCUGCGCUCCGAGUUUGCGACGCACAACAUUGCCAUCGCGGGCUGCUCGAACGACCCGGUCGACGCAAACCUGAAGUUUGCAAGCGGCAACCACUUUGAUUUUCCGCUGUUGAGCGACACAAAGAUGGCGGUCGCGGUCGCCUACGGAGCGGCCGACUCUCGCACCGCGAAAAAGGCGCGACGCAUCGCCGUCCUCAUAAACGAGGAUGGGCGAGUGGCGAGGAUCUACGACCCCGCCGGCACGGCAGACUUCCCGGCUAAAGUCCUCGCUGACGUCAAGAAGGACGAGCUGUAGCUGCGUGCCCGCGCGAGGCAUUGACCCGUGCCGUCCAGCGCCGGUGUGCGCGCUUGCAAAUGAUGGCUGCCGCCUGCAAACUUGAGGUUUCCUCCUCGUCGCGAGAGAGGGGCCGCAGGCGUGACGCCGGACGGCACAGCAAGCGCACACCCGACGCACGGACCACGGGCACUUCACCCCAUGGCGCAUCUGGGGGCACACGGUGUGUAAUUCAUAGUUAGUCGUCUGAAGAGUGAAGUGGGGGGAGGGGAUGUGAUUCAAUAUAUGUGUGUGCGUCAUGGGUGUAAA